AAGAAAAAAAAGAAAACAGCCAGCGUGUAGGAUUUUCUUUUAGGUCUAUGAGGAUUUUCCCCCUAUGAGAUGCCAAGAAGUAGCCUACCGGUGAACGGUUGUGGGAUUAGCGAUGGCGAAAUGCAAGUUUAUGUAGUAUGCCUACUGGUCGGUUUAUAUAAGUGUGUGAUCAAAAUGCAUUGAAAUGAUAAACUUAAGUGCUAAUGUUGUAGCUAAUUUGGGCUGGAUACAAUUUAGCUGACAAGCUAAUGUAAGUGAAGUUAAUUUAUGUUUGGCUGGCUAGCUAGCUAAAUUGAUAAUUGACGUAAAGGAACAGUUUAUGAAUAUGACUUUGUAUAGUCAUAUUGAUGCAGUGAUACUACAGAACUCUAAUCUUAAGCGAUGCACUACAUGUUAGUCUUUAAUGGGAGAUAGUUGUCGGUUCUCUGCAAUGAAAUUGCACGGAUUUGAGUAUGAUUAAAUCAGAGUUGUAGUUAAACGCAGCCUACUACUCUACAUUAAGUGGAGAUGAGUGUCCGUAAAGGAAACAUGGUAACAAGGUAACAUGUUUAUUCUCUUACAUUAAGGGGGGGUUUACACGUUGUUGGAUUCCCCUGCGGUCAAAACGUUUAACUUUGAACAGAGACAUUCAAAGUGCCAAGAUAGCCUAUUUAAAUUGAAUCACUUCAACAACUAAGUUAUUUUGCCAUCAAGCCUCAAGAUGAUGUAUUCCUCGCGUAGAAAACCAGUGCUUUACUUCAAAGAAGACAGAAGGUUUUUCACAGGGAAGUGCACCGUUUUUAAGCUGUUUGGCCUGUGCUUGCUGCUGGUGGUGGGCUCCCUGUUGUGGCUGCAGCUGAGCUGCUCUGGGGACCUGGGCCACGCCGCUGCAGAGGCCGGAGCCCGAGCCCAGUAUCAGGCCCAGCCCUGCCCCCACGACAAGCCCAUUCCCGGCCAGGACAACCCGGCCUGGGGCCCCCACAAGCUGGCCCUGAUCAUCCCCUUCAGGGAGCGCUUUGAGGAGUUGCUAGUGUUUGUGCCCUUCAUGCACACUUUCCUCAACAAGAAACGGAUACGACAUAAGAUCCUGGUGGUCAAUCAGGUGGACCACUUUCGUUUCAACAGGGCGUCCCUCAUUAACGUGGGCUACCAGGAGAGUGGGAACGACACAGACUACAUAGCCAUGCACGACGUGGACCUCCUCCCGAUGAACGAAGCCCUGGACUACGGCUUCCCAGAGGAGGGGCCCUUCCAUGUGGCCUCGCCAGAGCUGCAUCCCCUCUAUCACUACAAAACCUACGUAGGGGGCAUCCUGCUCCUCUCAAAACAGCAUUAUCAAAUGUGUAAUGGCAUGUCCAACCGGUUCUGGGGUUGGGGAAGAGAGGACGACGAAUUCUUCAGGAGACUCAAGACUGCUGGACUACAACUCUUCAGGCCGACUGGGAUAAAAACAGGUUACAAAACCUUCCGCCACAUCCACGACCCUGCAUGGAGGAAGAGAGACCAGAAGAGAAUAGCAUCUCAGAAGCAGGAGCAGUUUAAGGUGGACCCCUCGGGCGGUCUGACAAACCUGCGCUAUGCAGUGGAUUCCAGGCAGGAGCUGAGCAUCAGUGGGGCUCCCUGCACUGUCAUCAAUGCCAGAUUGGACUGUGACCUGGACGACACGCCUUGGUGCCAGUUCAACUAGUCUGCUGUUCUGCCAGCACUCUCAUUGGCUCUCUUCUGGGCCCUCUUAUUGGACGGAGUUUUGACAGGAGACACUGUCAUGCAUUUGAAAUUGAUGCAGUUUGAUUGAUUUUGAUUUUUCUUCAGUUGCAUUUUUACUCAGGCAAACUCUGGGCACUGGGGUAGUCCCUUUGGUGGUGGAAUAAUGAAAUGUUUGACACGAGAGAAAAGGUGGGCACGAGUGGCAAAACUGACGCGAAUCCAUACAUCCAAAGGCUUUAGAUAUCCUUUUUAUGCAAAUGCAAAAUUGCUGUAGCUGCCUGAUUUCUUCUCAGAACAAAUGAGCUGGAUUUCGUGAACUGCACAGAAGUUAGAUGUUUCCGAUUCCAGCCUCUUGUAUAAUGUUUAUGUUUGUUUAUUUUUAUUUUUAUUUUAUUUUAUUUUAUUUUGUGGAGUCAAGUUACAUGGUAGGAUGCAGCAGUGGCCUUUAUUUCACAGGGAUCCAACAGUACCUUCAUGCAGUGGUUCACAUCUGCUGUCUACAGUGACUGAGGGGACUUCUUGAAGUGAGAUACUAGAUUAUCACUGGAAGGACAAAAUCUUCAAAUAUUACAGAUGGUUUUAAGGUACUCUGAUGUGCGUUUGCACCUAUUUAUAUUACAUUGAGUGUCUGGGAUUUAUUUGCACAUUGUUUUAUUCUUAUAAAAUCCAUAAAAUUAUUUCA